UGUAUUUAUCGACAAUGACAUUACGUUCGUUGUCAAAAUUCUUGGUUUUUUGAAAAUACCCGAAAAAGGUGGAAAUUAUGCAGCUCGUUAUUUAAAUUUCAGCAAUAACAAUAGUAAAAUAAAACACAAAAGACACAUUGAUAAGAAAUCGAUCUGGCUAGAUUGUAGACCUUGCUUGGGUUGGGCAAUGCCAUUUGAUCACAGGAACGAACCUGUACUUGUCUUUUUUGUUUUAAAAUGCAUUUCCUAAAGUUGAAGUUUAACAAUAAGACAGAAAAGGAGGCUGCUUUAACUUUUAGACUAGCUGAAGAAACUAAUUUCUUGUCCAACGACAGGAUGCAGUCGAGACAUUCGUCCACCACCGGUGCUCUAAUGGUUGGCCCCAAUUUCAGGGUUGGUAAGAAAAUAGGCAGCGGGAAUUUCGGAGAGUUACGAUUGGGUAGGAACUUGUACAACAACGAGCACGUUGCCAUUAAAUUAGAGCCGCUCAAAUCCAAAGCACCGCAGCUCCACCUCGAGUUCAGGUUCUAUCAGAUGCUCGGCGAGCAGGAAGGCGUGCCGAAAGUGUACCAUUUGGGAACUUGCGGUGGUAAGUACAACGCGCUCGUCUUGGAAUUGCUCGGUCCCAGCUUGGAGGAUUUAUUCUCGCUGUGCAGCAGGCGGUUCAGGUUGAAAACGGUGCUCAUGAUAGCCGAUCAAUUGUUGACUAGAAUGGAGUACGUUCAUAGCAAUAGGUUGAUUUUCCGCGACGUUAAACCCGAGAAUUUCCUAAUAGGCCGAUCGAAGAAUCGAAAAGACAAAAUCAUACAUAUUAUCGAUUUCGGAUUGGCCAAGGAGUAUAUUGAUCCCGAAACUGGAAAACAUAUUCCAUACAGGGAACACAAAUCAUUGACGGGUACAGCUCGUUACAUGAGCAUCAACACUCACUUGGGCCGUGAGCAAUCGCGUCGAGACGAUUUAGAAGCGCUGGGGAACAUGUUCAUGUAUUUUCUGAGAGGGUCGUUGCCUUGGCAGGGAUUAAAAGCAGACACUUUGAAGGAGCGUUACCAAAAAAUCGGCGAAACUAAACGCGCUACUUCCGUGGAGACUUUGUGUGAAGGACAAGCCGAGGAAUGGGCAAUUUACCUGAGAUACGUGAGGAAAUUGGAUUUUACAGAAAAUCCCGACUACGAUUACUUGAGGAAGAUUUUUAAGGAUUUAUACUACAGAAGGGGCUACACCGAUGAUGGCAUAUUCGAUUGGACAGUAAAAGAAACCAGUAACGUUAACGUUGGGCCAAAGGUUAUGCCGAACAUAUUUGAAUCAAAAGCCGUAUAAAUAUGGCGGAACGUCGUCGUUCCUUUUCAAAGAUCGACUCUCUUGGAUAAACCCGGAAGAACGAAGAGAAGUACACAAAGCUAAAACAUAAAAGUCAACUUAAAUUAGUUUCUAUAAUUUUCAAUAAAUAACAGACUCCAAAAAUUCAUUCGCAAUUUAGUUUUAUUGAUCUAGUUUAGGGCGCAUCUCUUAUUCGUUAUGAA